AUGACUUGCAAAAUACUGAGCAUAUGCCUCUUGAUUUUGGGUUUUCAACAUUGCUCCACACGAGAAUGUGUCGAUCCACUGAUCUCCGGGCUCUAUGCCUCCUCCUUUCUGGCCUCCUCCAGAUAUAACUUUCUGUACUCAGCCAAUUUUGCCAAACUGUAUGGCAGCAGCGGCUGGUCGCCAUCCCCCAGGGACCGGCAGCCAUGGCUGCAGGUUGACCUGGGCAGGAAGUACCGACUGAUGGCCAUCGCCACCCAGGGGAUCUUCAACUCCUACGACUGGGUCACCAAGUACUCACUGCUGUACGGAGACCGACCGGAUGCCUGGACACCGUACAUCAUGAACGGCGGGAACUCUACGAUGCCUGGAAACUGGAAUUAUUAUCAGGUGAAGAGGAAUGUCUUCCAUUACGCAUUCACCGCUAAACACAUCCGUCUGCUGCCUCUGGCGUGGAACACAGAGGACGGAGGGAAGAUCGGCGUGAGGCUGGAGCUGUUUGGCUGCCCAUAUGAUUCGUACGUACUACAGUACAAUGGGGAUGAAUCGGUGGUCUACUUGUACCCAGAGAAGAGGUCCCGCACGUUGCACGACCACAUCGCCAUCAACUUCAAGACGCUGGAGCAGGACGGUCUGCUGCUGCACAGCGAGGGGAUUCAGGGAGACCUGUUCACCCUGGAGCUGAAGAGAGGCCGUCUCUACCUGCACAUCAGCCUCGGAAGCAGUGUUGUGCACAAAGUAAGUGGUCGAACAACACUGACCGCUGGCAGCCUCCUUGAUAACCUCCACUGGCACUACGUCACCAUCAAGCGCUAUGGCAGACAGGUGAACUUCACAGUGGACAGUCAGACAGUUACAGCCAUCUGUAAUGGAGAGUUCACCCACCUGGAUCUUGAUACAAAGCUCUAUGUAGGCGGCGUAAUAGAGCCAAACCUGCCUCACCUCCCCACCACACCAAAUUUCCGGGGCUGCCUGGAGAACGUCUUCAUUAAUAACAUCAACAUCAUUGACAAGGCCAAGAGAGAAGAAGAGGACAUCCAAAUACCGAGAAAGAAAAAGAUGCACUUUGCCUGCCGCGACAUUCUCCUCAAACCGAUGACCUUUGCCGGGCCCAACAACUUCCUGCAGGUGCCGGGCUUCUUCCGGAGGCCUCGCAUGUUCGUCAAGUUCAAGUUCCGCUCCUGGGACUACACGGGGCUGCUCAUGUUCACGCGCUUCGCUGAUGACCUGGGUGCCCUUGAGCUGGGUCUGAGUGAGGGACAGAUCAACGUCACCAUAUUUCAGCCAGGAAAGAAGAAACUCCAGUUUGCUGCAGGAUACCGGCUGAAUGAUGGUUACUGGCAUACAGUGGAUUUGGCUGCCAGGGACAACUUAAUGACCCUCACCAUUGAUGAGGAGGAGGGCUCUCCACUGAAGAUCACCAACCCUUUCACAAUUCGGACUGGGGAUCGCUACUUUUUUGGAGGUUGUCCAAAGACCAAUAAUACAAUAAGGAAGUGUGAGACCAAGCUAAACCGCUUCCAUGGCUGCAUGCAGCACAUCUUCAUAGACAACGAACAGCUGGAUAUUGAUAUGGUUCUGCAAAGACAGUGGGGGCGCUAUGCUGAGCUGCUGUUGGGAACAUGUGGCAUCACUGACAGAUGUACUCCAAAUCCAUGUGAGCAUGAAGGCAGAUGCAUCCAGUCCUGGGAUGAUUUCAUUUGCCUCUGUGAGAACACAGGCUAUAAAGGAGAAGUGUGUCACAUGUCUGUUUAUAAAGAGUCGUGCGAGGCCUACAGGCUCAGCGGCAAGUAUUGGUCUGGAAACUACACCAUCGAUCCUGAUCUCAGUGGACCGCUGAAGCCAUUUGAGGUGUACUGCAAAAUGAACUCUUAUAAAUCCUGGACGGUGAUCAUGCAUGACCGAGUGGAUGGUACCAAGGUUUCUGGGAGUUCCAUAGAUCAGCCGUACAUAGGAAAUGUCAACUACUGGAAUGCCUCCUGGGACGACGUGACUGCUCUGGCCAACACCUCCCUGUACUGUGAGCAGUGGAUCGACUACUCCUGCUACAAGUCCCGUCUUAACACCCAAAGUGGAAGACCUUUUGGAUACUGGAUUGGUCGCAACAACGUGAGUCACUAUUACUGGGGUGGGACGUUCAGAGAGGUCCAAAAGUGUGGAUGUUCCAUCAAUCAAACGUGCAUCGACUCCAAGUUCCAAUGCAACUGUGAUGCUGACUAUAGACAAUGGUACUCAGACAAGGGCUACCUGGACUUUAGGGACCAUCUGCCUGUGAGGAGAGUGGUGGUCGGGGACACCAACAGGACAGGAUCCAAAGCACAGUUCACUGUUGGGCCCCUCCGCUGCCAUGGCGACAAAAACAUCUGGAAUACCAUCUCCUUCACCAAGCCCACCUACAUCACCUUCCCAACGUUCAAACCUGGAACCAGCGCUGACAUCUCCUUCCACUUCAAAACCUAUCGUGACCACUGUGUCUUCUUGGAGAACUCUGACGAACACCUUCGAAACUUCAUACGGAUCGAGCUCAACACAACCCAAAACCUUGCAUUCAUAUUCAUGGUUGGCGACGGCAUCCUUAACGUGACCCUACACUCCCCGAUUGGACUCAAUGACAACGAGUGGCACUUUGUUCAGGCUGAGCUCAACGUGAAGCUGGCCAGGAUCAAGGUUGAUUAUCAACCAUGGGCUGUGAAACGUUUCCCAGGCCAGACCUUCAUCUCCAUGAAGUUUACCCAUCCUCUCUUAGUAGGUUCAGCCAACCGCACCCAGAGACCGUUCCUGGGCUGUCUUCGAGGGCUACGGAUGAACGGCAUUCCUCUGGAUCUAGAGGGCAAAGUAAACGAAGAACAGGGUAUAAGGAGGAACUGUACAGGACAGUGUCUCAAUGCCACCAUACCAUGUCGAAACUGUGGACAGUGUAUUGAGGGUUACGCGUCCUACACUUGUGACUGUAACAACACAGCCUUCGAUGGUUUCUACUGCCAUAGAGACAUCGGAGCCUACUUUGAACUCGGCUCGUGGUUGAAGUACAACAUUCGAAAGAAGCCUAUAACAGACGAGGCGGCGUGGGCCAACUGGAUCGACCCGCACUACGACAACUUCAGCCUUGGCUACAACGACACAGCGGAUGACAUCGAGUUCAGCUUCAGCACCGUCCACACUCCAGCGGUCUUGCUCUACAUCAGCUCCUUCGUUCAGGACUACAUUGCUAUCAUCCUAAAGACAGACGGCAGUGUAGAUCUGAGGUAUAGGCUGGGGCUCAUAACUCACAAGUACCAGCUGACUCACCGAAACCUGGCAGACGGAUACCCCCACUACGUGAACCUAACCAGACACAACCGAACCAUCAAAACACAGGUGGAUUACAUGGAGCCCAUAGUUGAAAAGAUAACCGUAGUGGAGGACGCCAGGUUUGACUCUCCAAAGUCCAUGUUCCUGGGCAGAGUGAUGGAGGUCGGUGACAUCGACUAUGAGAUACAGAGGCAUAAUGCUCCAGGCUUCAUAGGUUGCAUCUCCGGGGUGAGGUACAACGUCUACGCCCCUUUAAAGGCCUUCUUCCGCCCCAAUGAAACCGACCCUCCAGUGACGACACAAGGAUAUGUCUCUGAGUCCAACUGUGGCGCCUUCCCUCCUGUCUUUGGUUAUGUACCGUGGGAGGCAGACCCCUGGUUUACCAGCAUAGAGUAUUUUUAUAUCCACGAUGACCUAGGCCUGUUUUGGCUAACAGUCAUCGUCAUCCUGGCGCUGCUGCUGCUCUUCGCUGGCCUGUACAGCAUCUACGUGUACACGUAUCAGCAGAAGGGCAGCUACCUCACCAACGAACCCAAGAACCUGGAGUCUCCCAGCAGCUCCAGGCCGCUGACCGACACCCUGCGGAGAGAGAAGAAGCACCUGCCGGAAAUUGAUGAGGAUUUCAGGAGUGACUAG